UAAAGUGUGUGACUGUGACGUUUCUAUUUCGGUCUACUCACUGUUUGCUGAACAUUUGCUAAUGUGAAUUCAGUAGAACGUAGUGAUUAAAAGCUCUUUGGCAUUCAGUAUUUGUUUUUCAACAUUUUGCCGAAAUGUGAGCACUAAGAAUUAUAGAAUAUUCCUUUCAGAUAUGUUAAGGCAAUCUUUAAAAUUCAGAAAGACUAUCACCAUAAUAUGUAUCUUGUCUUUACUGUUUUUACUAUUUUUAAUACUUACGAAAGAUAAAUAUGAAGAAGGGAGACACAAAGAUAACCAAAGAAUAAUUGUCAACUCACAAGAAAUAACCUAUGACCAGAUAAAAAAAAUACCAGUUAGGUUUGAGAAUACAAACAUGGAGAAUCCUAAACCAAUACAAUCGAAUGAGGCAGAGGAUAGUACAAAGCGUCAGCUGCAGGAUGCGCAGGCCAGAAUUGAACAAUUAGAGAAGAAAAUUGCGAUAUUAGAGGGAAGGGUACCACAAAAAUAUCCUGAAGUAAAAUACUUGGGUUACAAAGAGAGAAGGCGCAUAUUGGUAACAGGUGGAGCUGGUUUUGUAGGGUCCCACCUGGUAGAUGUUCUUAUGAUGCAAGGCCAUGAAGUGAUAGUUGUUGACAAUUUUUUCACUGGUCGCAAGCGCAAUGUUGAGCAUUGGUUUGGCCAUCGCAACUUUGAAAUGAUUCACCAUGACAUAAUCAACCCGCUAUAUGUCGAGGCUGAUGAAAUAUACCACUUGGCUAGUCCUGCCAGUCCACCUCACUAUAUGCAAAAUCCUGUGAAGACAAUUAAAACUAAUACAUUAGGGACUAUUAAUAUGUUAGGGCUAGCACGCAGAGUUGGAGCAAAAAUUUUAAUAGCCAGUACUUCUGAAGUGUAUGGUGACCCAAUGGUUCAUCCUCAACCAGAGUCAUAUUGGGGCCAUGUCAAUCCAAUAGGGCCAAGAGCGUGUUAUGAUGAAGGCAAAAGGGUUGCAGAAACAUUAGCAUAUUCAUAUGCAAAACAGGAGAAUGUAUCUGUCAGAGUUGCCAGAAUCUUCAACACCUAUGGACCAAGAAUGCAUGUGUCAGACGGGCGUGUGGUGUCUAAUUUUAUCAUGCAAGCAUUACAAAACUUGACUAUCACAGUAUAUGGCAAUGGAAAGCAAACAAGAUCAUUCUGCUAUGUCUCGGAUCUUGUAAAUGGUCUACUAUCACUAAUGGCAUCGAGUUAUACUCUGCCUGUUAAUAUAGGAAAUCCCGUGGAGCAUACAAUAGAAGAAUUUGCGAUGAUCAUAAAGAAUAUAGUGCCUGGGUGCCGUAGCACGGUGUCAACAGGCGCGGCUGUGGAGGACGAUCCGCAGCGACGGCGACCUGACAUUACCCUCGCUGAAAUGCAGCUUAAUUGGUCUCCUAAGGUUUCUCUAGAGGAAGGAUUACAGAGAACAAUCGAUUAUUUUAGAGAAGAAUUGUCGAGAACAACUUUUUAUAACAAUCAAACAUAUAUGGACACUAAAAUUAAAGGUUCUCAUUAAGAAAUACAUUAAGUAAGUAUAUGGAAUGGAUUUUUGUAAAUGUGAUAUUAAACUAUUGACUGUACAAUGUUUCA